UGUUUGUAAUAUUUACAUUAUCAGCUUUAAUUUCAAAGUCUUUCUUGGACAUUGGCUCUGUAUCAAGGAUAUUGGACAGGUAUAAUCAAACUUUGCCUGCAGUUCUGCUGGAAAUUUGAGAAUCAAGAAAGUAGCCAAAAUACAACUGAACUAGAACACAUAACUGAGGUACUCAUAUCAAACAGCAUUUUUCCUUUAUAGACUCACAUUGUUGAUGUCAAUUUUGUUGCCAUACAACCAAACUAGAACCCAUAACAGAAAUCAUACUUGGUAUCAGAUUGGCUGGCCCAAUCCUCUGAGUGGCAUGUCCAGCUUUUCAGGUUUCUGGUGAUAAUUGGUAUCACUUCUACACUUUCCAUAUUGGAAAAUGUUAUUGAAGUACAAAUUGAUAAUUCUACCUUUGAUUUUCCAAGCAUCAUUUGAAGCUUGUGAUUUAUUGCUUCUCUCUAUUGAACACCAUGCAGAUGCAGAGAUGCAAGUGCUCAUCCUAGGAGAGAUUCAUUUUUUGAUUUUGACUUCUCACUGGACAAAAGGGAAAGUUUUCAAUUCACAGGGAUUGGAAAUUUUUCGGAGUUUUAUUUACUGGUAUCGUCCGUAUCAUGUAAUCAGAAACCCAAAAUUCCUGGAACAAAACUAACUAGAUAAUGAAAAUGGCAGGAUGACUGCUGUAACAGUUUGUGACUAAAUUGACUGGUUUGCCAUUCUUUGCUAUUUCGAUCACGUGACUUACCUUCCAAUAUUUGUUGCAUGGUUAGACUUAUCUCUUUAUUAAGCAGUAUAUUGCCAUGUGUUCAAAGGAUCUUUCUUUUACUUUUCUCAGGAAUUGAACAAGAAAUCAAACUCCUUAUACACAACGUUACGCAACAGCCGGCUUGCUGGGUGUUGGCGAGCUCCAUUUCUGAGGCGUUUUCGCUUGCGUCUGAACUUCAAUUCAUUCUUUGAGGCCACCACUAGAGUUGUACCGAAUGUUGUUAGGCCACGUCCAUCACUUCAAGAUAUGAAUCAGCAACAGCAUUUAAUUAACCAAGUGGUGAAGUUGCUCGUCCGAUGUGACUGAGUGUUGCUGGAGUCUCAAGUUUCCUAACAACCAUCCCCAUUUUGACAGUUAGAUGGAUUGUUUAAAUAGUCUGCUAAAUGUUCAUGGCUUGUUUUCAGCUUUGGUUAAUACCCGUUGAUUAGAUGGUUACAAAUUAGCUGCCCUAAAGUCUACUCUGUGUGUCUAUUUGACCGUCCGGUAACUACCCCAUACCCAUGUGAAAGGUGGAUGGUUAUGGUAUCCUCGGUAGCUGCAGUCUCGUCCUAGAUGCAGCAAACCUAUGAU